AUGCUGGAUGCUCGCGGUCGCAGCCACGAAGCUUCGAGUGACGCACAAGUCGCAAGAUGCGCUGUUUGCCCAAUUCCAAUCGCCAUGAAGUGCGCCGCCUUCCUCGUUACAACGAUCUCCGCGGCUGUGCGCCUGCAGCUGACCUCAGAGGAGUCUUCACCUCCUCUGAGUUGGUCGCCCCAUCCUGACGACCCGGUCCCUUUGUCGUUCAUGGAGGACUUCCAGCACAUUGAGGUGCCUUGGUCGCUGGCCGACGACGUGAAUGGAUCGACCAUUCAAGAAGAGUUGGUGAAGUUUCUGGACAAGGCCCAACUCGGCAGAAAAAAGAAGAAGUCCCUUUUGUCAAAGAUGCGUGGAUUGUUCAGAUCAAAGAAGGAGGUGUUCCCAAAAAUCAAAGAACCUGACCGAAGAGCCGUGACCUUCUUGGAGUCAGCCAUGAAGGGCGACGCCAAGGAGCCCUGCCAGCAGCAAUUAGGAGGGCUGAUGAAAGAAUUGCAGAAGGCUUGCGAGCAGGCGUGGCAAGGAGAAGAAGACCUGCGCCGUCGACAGACCUGCACAGAUUCCGUGAAGGACCUCUUUUUGAAUGGCCAGGACUUGGUGGAAACGAGCCAAAUCCCACAUAGGCUCAUGUGGAUGAACGGAGUACCACCGGAAACCCUGCCCUUGGUAAAAAGUCUCGAAUUCUUACAAAAGUGGCUGGUGAAGCUGGCCACGGCCAAGAAGGAAGCCAUCUUGUGGGCCGGAUUCUGGACCGAUCCAGAUGCUGAAGAUGGACAUUUGCACCGAGCUUCCAAAGAGACUUUGCAACGGUUUGCCCAUCUCACUGAGACGGAGACUGUACAUCCCAGCACGAAACUGGGCCGGAUGAUUGAAGAGUUCAAUGAGCUCGACCAGUGCAAGGGCGAGCUGGCUUGGAAGCUCACAGGAAAUUUUUGGUCGUUUGCCAGCUAUUCUUUCGUGCUUGGAAUGAAGAGGAAAAAGCAAGGAACGGUGAUUGCUCUCGUGAACAAAGACUUGGAGGGCCCCAGAUCCUUGAGCAAGUCUGUGCUGUUUCAACAUGAAGUGCCCACACUCGGCAUCGCAGCCUGGGGGCUCGGUUUUUGGUCGCCCCAAGUGAUUCUCAUUGAUUUGAAGGCGACGUGCAACAAGACCAGUUCUAUGCUUCGGGAGAGGCUUUUCGCCCGGCUCAGCUCAUACUUCCGUGUCAAAGCCCAAGAGCAAUAUUUCACCUCUGCAGAAUACGCCUUGCGCUCCAAGCCAUCGUGGCAAUGCCUCGACUGCGAGGAGGGGAAGUGCGAGCUGGGCCCCGAGUUGGCCCUACAUCUACAAGUACUGCGACAGGUGCAGCGGCGCAAGGACCGGUUCAACCAGCAGCUGCUGGAAGCCGUUCAGUGGCAUAAGCCCGUCGCAUCCGUCGAGCGGCUCUUGCGGCUCAACGCCGACCCCGCCGCUGCCUACGACGCGGACGGCGUGACGCCCUUGCAUUUGGCCACCCGGGGAUGUCAAGUCGACAAUGCGCGUGCGCUGCUGCACCACGGCGCCCCCACUGAAGCGAAGACGACGGACGAUGAGAACGUGCCGCUGAUGGAGCUGGCGUCGUGCCACAACGCGGAUGGACCGGUGAUCGCCCAGCAGCUGUUGCUGGGCGGCGCGAAUGCCAGCGCCAGGGAUUGGGAGGGCCGCACGGCGCUCGACGUGGCGCUGCAGUCGAACCGCGCCGUGGCCGAGGUGCUGAAGAAGGCCGUGGCAGUGGCGGAAGUGCCGAGACGGUCGAAGUCCGAGGUGUUCGGCCAGAAGUGA